AUGUUAUUUUGUUUCCCAGAACUAAUUUAUAUAUUAUAUGAUUUAGAAGAGAUGAAGGGGGAUUUUGAAGUGGAAUAAUUUGAUGAAAUUUAAUUACCAAGUAUUGCACCUAUUCAUAAAGAAUAGAAAUCACUUUAUAAUGAAUAUUUUACAUUCUAAUUAUGA